AUGCCGUCAGAUUCAUACGCAGACAAGCUUCAAGCUUUGGAAGAAGAGUUUCUCAUGGCGAGGCGUGACCGUGGGGACUUCGAUGUCCGCAUCAAUCGCAACUCCGAGCAGAUGGAUCGGCUGUGGCAGGAUGUUGUCAACAGCCUUGAAUCAUUUCAGGACUUUGCAAACGAACGACGAGAGCGACAAGUGGAGGUCAAUGAGGAGCGCAUGCUCCGCGUGGCUGAGAUGGCUGAACUCCGCGAACGCAUCGACAAAUUGAGCAAGGUGGCACAUUUCGAGCCAGAAGGGAACUGCUUAAAUGACCCUCCCGUGCUCGAGACUUACAUCGAAGAAACACAGGAGGAUCAAAAUGGUGCGCCUGAGUUGACGGCGGAUGGCCAGGGCAGCAAGUUGGUCUUUGACGCAAAGCACGCAGAGGCUCAGAAGAUUUCAGGAUUCUCCGUGGCCAACGUGGCCAACGUGGCCAACGCGGCCGGUGCGUCUUGUGAUGGAUCGGUUUGCGAAGUGAUGUCAAGUGAUCAGUCGGAUCAGUUCUCGGACAUCGAGAGCAUCAAGGGACCCACAGGGCGAGAAGAGGAACUCGAGGAACUCCACGUUGGAAUGCUGCAGGUUAGUGCUGGACUUCUUCCAAGAGAGUCCACUAUUGAAGCAUCUGAAUUGAGGAAAAACACCAAGAAAGACGUCAUGCCCAAGGUCCAUGAGUCAAUAUUUCAGUGGAUUGAGGGAGACUCAAUCAAGUCGAUGCUUCUUCCAAUUGCCACUGCUAUUUUGCUACCCCAUGCUGUAUCCUUUUUGGUUGCCCAUGCUAUCAUGCACAAAACUGCCGAACACAGCACGGAGUCGGAGAUCCUGCAAGAGAAGCAAGAAGAGCCAAAGAGCUUCGCAUACAUUGCUGAAAGAAUUGGACCGAUGUGGCUGAUUCACAUGCUUGGAAUCUUCUCUUUUGCCCUUGGAGCUCCAAGCAUUGAGUACUUGUACUUGAACUAUUUUGCACGUCAGCAAUCUCAUUCACAGAUUGACUGUUCCGUACAAAUGGCAGAAGCACCAUGUGCACAGUCUAUCAUGAAGGUAUUGCACCUCGCAAUCAUCAGAGGCUUUGCGCUACCCUUUGUUCAAUUCAUUGUAGGACCUGCCUUGGGUGCUUUCAGUGAUGCCUAUGGCAGAAGGCCAGCGGUGUUAGUGAUUCGUACCUGUUUGUUCAUUCAUUGCGCAGGCACAGCAGCCGUGGCAUGGUUUCCCAUUCCAAUAUGGAUUGACUUUGGUCUCAGUUUCUUUGCAAUGAUCCCUUGGGGGUCUGUGCCUUUUGCUUGGUAUAUUGACCGACUCGAUCAUGCACCAAGCAUUGUAUACGCAAUGAGCAUGGUUGAGGGUUCAUGUAUCAUUUGCGCUGCUCUUGGUACUGCCAUUGGAAGUUUCUUGACCUUGAAAAUGGCGCUACUUGUUGAAUUUCUGGGACGUGGUGUGACCACAAUGUUGAUUGCAAUUUUCCUUUUGCCGGAAUCUCUUCCAGAAGAGAAACGGGUGCCGUUCUCUUGGUCCUCGUUGACGCCGACAGCAGCUUUGCAACUGCUCCUUCAGAGCCCCGUCGUUGAAAAACUCACUGCAAUAGGUGUCAUCAAUGCAUUUCAUUGGGCCGGCUACUACACACUCUUUGGAAGAUUCCUUCAGAGUCACAUGGCAUGGACGCGGCAAAACACUUACACUGGCGGACUCGUGGAGCAAGUCUCCCAAGUCUUGUGGCUUUUUCUUGGCGUGAAAGUCCUUUUGCGGAUCUUUGGUCAAGCAGGAUUGAUGGCUGUCAGCACAACCGCGGCCGUGCUGUCCAACAUCCUACAAAUGCUUUCCAACAAACCGUGGCAAAUCUACACCAACAGCGUGGUGCUUUCCGGUCCAGCUAUCAUGGGCUCAGCUGUGGUCGCUGGGAUCGUGGGCAAAGCUGCUUCUGGAGGUCAGCAGGGCAUGCUACAAACUGCCCUGGGACUCGUCACCCAGAUGGCAGGUGCUUUGGGGCCGGUAGCUUUCGCCACAGUCUACAAGUUGCUGGACCCAACAGCACAGCUGCGGCGCCUGGUGGCAGAUGCCAAACGAGCUGAAGCCAUGGUCCGACGCGAGGUGGGCCGUGCCAUCGCGGAUGCCCGGACGUAUUUGGAAGACACUGGUCAUCAGCAGCAGGAGUUCUGGGCAGCUCGUCAGCGCAUGGCUGCCUGCCGGAUUGGCAAUGCGGACACGACCAAUCCAAAGAUGUCCGAAGCGCUGUCAUUGCAUUUGGAUUCGGAGAUAAAGACGCGAACCCGUUUGGAGGCCAUGGAACGUGGUUUCAACUCGGUACAAAAAUGUGUGGAGAACCUCCAGUCCCUCCCACAACAGAUGGAAGCAUAUGUGAACCAAGAGAUUGAGCAGGUUCGCACUGAGCUCAAGGAGUCCCUAGAGGAGCGCCAGAAGAAGCGACGCCUCAGCGAGUUGGAACACAGUGCAGUCAAGCAGGCCAUUGCAGAAGUUCGCUUUGACGUUGUUUCGCUCUUUCAAAAGGAAGUGAAGACCCUCCGUGAGGAGUUUGGUCGCGCGAGGUCGGACGAGGCUUAUCGCCAAUCUCUCCGCAUUCAUGAAGUUGAGGAGAGAAUAUCCGCAAUGGAAAAGUGCCAUGUGAGCACAAGCUCUGGCGAUGAGGCCAAGCCGGCCUUUGAAGGUCUGAAGGAGGGAACAGGCGAGUGCAGCAGUGCUCUGAGAACAUUGCGAACAGAGAAUAUGCAGGCGAAGGUGGAGGUCCGCGCAGAAAUGCAGAAGAUGAAACAGGAGUUGGACGCAGUGGCGCGUAGAGUGGCAGACACUUCGGUGGCCAAUUUGGCGGACUUGGAUCAACGUUUCAAUCAUGUAGAGGAAAAGCUUCGCCUUCUUGAUCCUAAGGCAAGAAGCGGUGCAAGGGAUGCAGAGGCAAAUUUACAUCGGCUUGAUGACGUCUUGCAGGAGGUGGAGAUCAUGAAGAAAUGCCUGGAGGAGUUGGCCCAGCGCUUCGGUCAGGAGAGUCAGGAUGGCAAAGGAUCCAUGUCACCGAGAAGCUUCCGUUUGCAGGUGCAAGGCAGUGGACAGGUGCCGAAUUCAAUCACAACCACUCCGCAGAACUCCUACGUCCCGGUGGCCACCAACUCUUGGGUGGCUCCCAGAGUGGUUGUCUCGCCAGUUGCAAGUCCGGCACCCCCUUCCAGAGAGGUGUUAACUGCGCAGGUGCAGCGCCAGAUCACGGGGCCUCUUCCGACAUCGCCUCAAGUGGUCAAUCGCAUCGUGAGAUCAAGGUCUGUCCCGAUGGUCCCUGUUGAAGCUGGUCUAAUGUUGGGAAACUCUGCUGUGGUCAAAGUUGCAACCACCCCGCCUGCUGGCUAUGUUCCACCUCGCAAUGUCCGAGUGGUACAAGCAGCACGAGCAGUAUCGCCCCCUCCAGUUCCGUUGCAGCGAAGUGCACCUCCUCCGGAUUCGCCCUACGUGCGGUAUAGAGCAGUAAGGCUACCUGCUUCCAGUGUGUUGACAAACCAUCGCCGACGAUGACCCAAUGGAGGAUCGAAUGGCACUCUUGUGCGUGUGGUGAGUAGUUCAGGCUGUAGUGGCCUUAGUUUCAAGAUGUUUGAAGUUGUGCUUUGCUUUGGGCCAAACGGAAGUACUGAUCCUAUUUGAUUUCGCAUGCUGUUAAAUAGCAGCCGGAAGGUG